CCCCUCUGCGCGGGGUCCGCCGGGGCGGGGCGAGCUUCUGCCCCAGGAGCGCGCGAGCCACUCAGGGCUCCCGACCCGACUCGCGGGGCUCUCGCGCAGCUCGCGCCGCUCACCACGUGCCUUCCCGGCCGCUCCCCCAGCCGUCCUCGCCAACCGCCUGUUGGAAGCCGCCGUAAAAUGUCGUGAGCGGCGCUGCCGCUUUACGGCUGCCUCUCCCAGACCGGAGCCCGGGAGCGCCCAGAGCCAUCCGCCCGGAGUCCCGCAGCGCCCAGCCGGCGGAGUGGCGAUCCCCGGCGCCCCGCCGGCCUCCCCGCCGCGCCCCUGCCGGCCCCCGGCGAUGUGAGCUCGAGGAGGCCGCGGAGCCCCCCUCACCUCCCCCCCACCCCCCCGGCCCGGCCGGGGCUUGCGACGGGCGGCAGGUGCCUGCGAGGCGGGCGGUGCUGGGGGCCUGCAGGAUGGAGGAGAGCAUGGAGGAGGAGGAGGGGGGCAGCUACGAGGCGAUGAUGGAUGACCAGAACCACAACAACUGGGAGGCCGCGGCGGGCGGCUUCCGGCAGCCCCCGGCCCGCGAGCUCCCCGGCGGCCCGGGGGACAGGAAGGGCCCCAAGGAGGGGCUCGCCAUGGGGCCGCCGCCCCCGCCGCCCGAGGCCAACGGGGUGAUCAUGAUGUUGAAGAGCUGCGACGCGGCCAAGCCGGCCCCCGCGCCCACCCCCAGCUCCGCCAUCAACAUCCACACGUCCACCUCCAAGUUCUUGAUGAAUGUCAUCACCAUUGAAGAUUAUAAGAGCACAUACUGGCCAAAAUUGGAUGGUGCCAUAGAUCAGCUUUUAACCCAGAGUCCUGGUGACUACAUCCCCAUCUCCUAUGAACAGAUCUACAGUUGUGUGUAUAAAUGUGUAUGCCAGCAGCAUUCAGAACAGAUGUAUAGUGAUCUGAUUAAAAAGAUAACUAAUCACUUACAGAGAGUCUCAAAGGAGCUGCAGGCCAGCCCUCCAGAUCUCUAUAUUGAAAGAUUUAAUAUAGCUCUUGGACAGUAUAUGGGAGCACUGCAGAGCAUUGUGCCUCUUUUCAUAUAUAUGAAUAAGUUUUACAUCGAAACCAAGCUUAACAGAGACUUAAAGGAUGACCUCAUAAAGCUGUUUACGGAGCACGUUGCAGAAAAGCACAUUUACAGCCUCAUGCCUUUACUUUUAGAAGCCCAGUCAACGCCAUUUCAGGUUACACCUUCAACCAUGGCAAAUAUUGUGAAAGGCCUAUACACUCUCAGACCAGAGUGGGUUCAGAUGGCUCCAUCCUUGUUUUCUAAGUUUAUCCCAAACAUCCUCCCCCCUGCGGUGGAAUCCGAGCUUUCCGAGUAUGCUGCUCAAGACCAGAAACUUCAAAGAGAACUUAUACAGAAUGGUUUUACAAGAGGUGACCAGUCCCGGAAGAGAGCUGGGGAGGAGUUGGCAUAUAACAGUACAUCAGCGUGUGCGAGUUCCAGAGGGUAUAGAUAGUGAAUGUAUUGAAUGUACUUGCCUUCCUGAAGAGAGGACACACUGGAACUGCCGAGACUGUGGGGUCCCGAAGACACUCAGGAACUCUGUCACGAAGCUGUUCUGGGAAGAGGAUGUGGGACUUCUUUUGGUUUGUAAUUUUAAAAAAAAACUAACAAAAACUAAAAAAAAACCCAAAAAACCCCAAAACAAACAAAAAAAAACCCCACAAAAACAGAAACAACAGCCACUUGCUGCUAGACAUGGGGAUGAUUUUGAAAUGGGACGAUCUUAUAAUGACUUUAUCUACAGAUUCUGUGAGGAACAACCAUCUUGAGAAGUGACCCUUGCGGUGUGGAAUCUGGCAACCCAAAUCAGCUGCUUCCUCCAAAAAUACCAGAGCAGAAGAAUUUUUGGUCUUUUCUUUUUUAAAGCACUUACUUUGUUCAUUUAUAGACUUGGCAUUUAGGUAUAUUGGUUUCACACGUCAAGGAAUCUUUUUGCUUUAAAUUUAAAGCAUACAGUAUUUUCCACCCAUAACCCAAACAACCCCAUUUAAAAGAGUUGGUCCUUGUUUAGCAUUAGGAAAGUCUUGUUGAAUGAAAAUACUAACUCUGCUUUACCUGUAACCUCUCUCCCCCAUCAGUUCACAGCCCUUUUCUACUCUGUGCCUUGAGCUUUGAGCACUUUGCAACUCUGUGACCAUCCUUCAGACUCACAAAGGCAUCCUGGGAAAGUUGAUGUUCUCACAAACUAACCCACCAGGACAUCCUGGCAGGAUGCCUCGUGGGCAAACAGAAACAUUGCACAAUGGUCAGCGCCCCCCCCCCCCCCCCCAUGACAUAGUCAGGCUAAUGUCGGUGACCAGUAGAUCACUUCCAUUCCCUCUCUGCCUUCAUAGGCUUUCCCGGCUGCUGUGGUGUUGGCGUGCGCUAAAGUAGAGGUGGGUGGGACUUGAGCUUUAGAGCUGCCUCAUGAAUAUUGUUGACAGUUACUCAGCUGUAACAGAGGGUUUCUGUGAUACUCUGGGAAGCAGGUAACAGUUACUGAACCCAAACACAGCCAGCCAUUUGUGUGGGGUUUCUGAUCCACUUCGUUGUGAAUGGGUGGGAUACGUAUUUAGAGAGUCAGCGGUCUUCACCUUUCAGAUAUAUUUGAAUACAACAGAGUAGAAGUUGCACUGCUGUCUCAAGUCCCCCUCUUAGCCCUGGCAGAGCUCUCUUUGCUGUUUGUCUGUCUACACUCACAGUGCUGUUGAGUUGCUUAUAUCGGACUGAGGCUUACUCAAGUUGGUUUUGAAUGGCAAAGAAAAAUAGCAGGAUAUAUGUAGCAAAAGAGAAAGCUUCUCAAUUUUGCUUGAAUCUAGAUUUUGAGCAUCUGCUUGACUCUACUCACAUCAGACUGAUAUUUACCUUUUUUGAGGACGUGGGUCAAAAAGAGGCAGACCAGGCAUUCUGCGUCCCACUUCUCAUUCGCAGGGUUUAUAUCUUGACCUGUCCAAUUUGUCUUUGCAGAAUGUGAGCACAGAAUGGGGGUGGGGUGGGAGUGGGGUUGGGUUGGGGGUUCAGGUAGGAGAGUUAGAAACAAGCCAUCCAAUAGAAGGCCUCUGUGUAUAAGACGGUUAUUCAGAGAACUAAAAGUAGAGGGAGUCAGAUUUAUUUUUUUAAGUACUUAAUAGCCAGAGUUGGUGCAUUUGGGGAGGACUUUGAAUCGGACUCAGUGACCCCUGUGAGCGUACUGGAUUGCAUCAGUAGAUAGCGCGUCACUGCGAGGAUGUAGACAGGUCUGGCUGAGACCACACACUUGAUUCAAUUCGCUACACCAGUAAUGAUCUGGCGUAAAGGGAGAAUUCUAUUUUAUCAUGAAGUCCAACAUUGACUCUUCUCAACAGAAUGCUUGCUGUGGGAUUGUAAGUAACACCUGCAACAGAAGUCUCUCUUUUAGUGGCUUUAAUAUUGUUUCUGAGAGGAAUGAAAUUGGAGCAGAUCUUGGAAUGUGGAUGAAGUUUUCAGUAUCUUUAAUAAUAUACCCCAAUGCUUUUUCUGGGAGGGAGUGUUCUUUUUUAGACCAACAACAGAGCUUUCCCGAUAAAAGCAUUGUAUUCUGAUGGGAAUCAGCAUUAAAAUCUUUGAAUGUUUUUGCAUUACUUAGUGGCAAAAUGUUUUAUAUGGGCUUCUUAUUCUUGUGUGUUAACAAAAAGUGGGUGACACGAGGCCUGCAGAUUUUAGCUUCUCUGGACUUUUUGCACAACCAGCAGGACUUCAGCACCUGGCACGGCAGAGCCAUGACGGAAGGCACCCGGGGAAGGACAGACCCGCCCUUGGCCCGGUGUGGCAGCCGAUGGUGUGAAGAGCCUCUUUCUUACAGCCGAGUGGAAAUUAGUCUUGCUUUCUCAGUUGGCACCCUUAGCAAAAUUCCUUUGUAACAGGUGAAAGGAAGUAAAGUUUGCCUUUCAUAUGGUACUGACUGAUGACUGAAUACCAAAAAGUAUUCUCUUCCCCUGUUCACUGGCCUUCUUGCCAGUACAGUAACAGUCUGCGCCAGCUGCGCGCUGGCUCUUACCCCUGCUGCUGGACUGGCUCAUUAGUCACCCGGCAUGGGGGGCGGGCGGGGGUCUGGCUGCACUUGUUUAGUGAGCAUGUGCAGCCUGGAGCGGGGACUCUGCCCCACCCCAAGAAGCCAGUUGAGCCACCUCGAGAUAAUGAUGCGCGGAGUGAAAUCGAUGCGACUUGUUUUGCGAGAUGGUACUUACUGCCAAAGUGAGCCUUUAGCUUUAGCGCCAGUGUCACCACAUGUCCUGUGGUCAAACCGCAGCCCCCCCUUCACCCCACAGGAACUGCCACCUGGUUUCCUGUGGAGUAGGAAGCCAGCCCUGGGCCUGAUGCUUCCUCCCCUAAGAGCUCUUAGGUGUAGAGUGAGCAAGAAGAGACAGAGACCCACUGCACUCGCCAUAGCGCAGUAUUCCACCCAGUCUACCCAGUGGGAGAAUGACUUGUCCCCUCCACUCUUACUGGCCCCCCCCCCCCCCAUUCAUAAGACGGAGGCAGUUCCCUUUUUUUUAGGGGGAGAGGAUGAGCCACUGAUGUGUGAGAAAGUUGCAGCUGGGGGAUGCCCUUGGCCUCAGGCCCUGCAGUCCCUGAAGCUGCCUUUCCCCCUGACGCGCCCGUACUUGCUGCCUGGGCGGCACAUUUGCACACAAAGAGUUCCUCAGGAAAAGUUUGCACAUGUAUCACCUCGAAUCUUCUAGACUGACCGAAGAACAAGGGGUUUGAAAGCUUUUCAGCACAAAAGGGGAGGGGGGCAAGGGGGGAGGUUGUUGGCCUAUGCAGCCCUGCUGGCAGCAGUGAGGUUGACCUGGUGACAGGACUGGUCUCUGAGGCCGUGAAGGGAGCAGGAGCGAGUGUGUCCGCAUAUUUCGGUCAGCCUCUUUAAUCUCCCCAGGACUCCAUCCUGAUUUCGUCAUCCUCUUAUUGAGGUAGACUGUAUUUUCUUUUCUUUCUUUUUUUUUUUUUAAUCUUAUUUUCAUGAUUAUUAUGCAAGAAGCAUUGCCCUGAAACUAAAAAUUCAAGUUUAAUAAGCAACUAUUCCUAAAGCAACUAAACAUUGUUUUAUAGAUAUACACUAAUCUGAACUUUUUUUUUUUUUAAUUUAUAUACCAAGCAAAACCAAGAAACCUUAUUAGCAAUCUGGUCAUUGUUUGGAUGCUUUGAAAAGAAAUUCUUUUCAUGGUGUCUCAUUGAGCUUCUUAUUCUUAGCUCAAAGGUCAUGCUUACUUCAGUUUAGGUCUAGGCCUCUUAGAUGACUUGCAUAUAACAGUUAUAAGCUCAGAAUGUGACUGACACCUGUAAGAGGCUUGCAGGGUCUUUUUUAAAAUUCUGAUUAACUAUUGUUCAGAAAUACUGCAUAAGGUGAAUUUCAUGGUUGUCACAAGUUAAAAUAGAACUCGUAGGGGUUUCUAAAGAAAUGGCUGUCCUCUUUGUCUGAAACUUGCUCUCAUUUCUGGCCACCAGAAUAUACAUACGCAAGGACCCCCUACUCUUCCCCAAGGGGACUGGCCCCUCUUGUGUCCCCACUGUUGGCCAUGAAGUCAUCGAUCCCUCCCCCCCCCCCCCGCCCCUGGCUGGGGCCCUCAUUUGAACCUUUCCAGAACCGGGUGACACACACGUGUCCUGUUUCUGCUGGUGUUGGAGGAGGAGGGAGGCGGGCGAAGCAGAGGCAGGUACGCUCUGAGAGGAUUCUCGUUUGUACAUACAUUGCACUCUGCUGGUUGGGAAGUACCUUCAUUUCUGGUUGGACUGCAUUGUGUAGAAACAUGUUAAUGACUUGACAUUUCUGGAAAAUUUAUAGUGUGACUGUGGGGUGAGUUCUGUGGUUUGGAAGAAAAAUAAAUAUUUUGUAUUGA